AUAUGUUAUUAGAAUGUAUGUGACUCAAACAUUUCUAAUCACUAUUAUUUGAAAAAAAUCGUGAUGGUCCUUCUUACUCCUCUGCUGGGCGCCCCGGGGUAAAAAAUUAAAGUGCUUUUUAAUCACAUUUUCAAGUGGCUCAAAAUUAUGAAAGUUCCAACAUCAUGAAUUAAAAGAUAAUUUUCUUGCAUGCCUAAUACACUGUAAAAUUAUAUGGUGUGUUAAAACUAGUGUAAUUCAUUGUCAGUUUAAAGUUAUGAUUUUUUUUUUGGAUAAGGGUGGCGAUCUUACUCCGUCUUCCCCUACAAUCCCAAAUCACUGUAGCAUGUCUCGUGAUAUAACCCGAUUUGGCCUUAUCAUUUCCAAUUACACUAUUUCAAAAUGAUUCGAAAUAAAUACAGCAGAUAAGAAGCAAAAUAUGUCUUUGUCAAGCUCAGUCUGAGCCAGUCGGUCAGGAGAAUCACGUCGCGUAUUAGCAAACUCGAAUCAGAAUGGAUCGCUGGGUAGGAAAGGUAGCUGUGGUGACCGGUACCAGUUCGGGCAUCGGUGCCGCCAUUGCCAAGGAUUUGGCCAAGGCUGGCAUGGUGGUUGUGGGAUUGGCACGACGGGUGGAGCGUACCGAGGCGUUGAAGGAGGAACUGCCGGAAUCGGCAAGAAAUCGACUCCACGCGGUCAAGUGCGAUGUAUCCAAGGAGGAAGACAUUUUGAAGAGCUUCAAAUGGGUUGAGGAAAAAUUCGGAGGAGUUGACGUGAUGAUCAACAAUGCCGGAAUCAGUCGCCAGACGGAUCUUCUCGAUGCGGGAAAUACCGAAAUGCUGCGGGAAGUGCUGGACACGAAUGUGAUGGGACUGGUACUGUGCAGUCGGGAGGCUUAUCAAUCGAUGAAGAAACGUUCGGUCGAUGGUCACAUCAUUCAUAUCAACAGCAUUGCCGGACACAAGGUGCUCAAUUUUCCUAAAAUAAAUAUUUAUACGGGUUCGAAGCAUGCUGUGACGGCCAUCACGGAAACGAUGAUGAACGAGCUGCGAAACGCCGGGACAAAGAUCAAGGUUACAAGCAUCAGCCCCGGAGCUGUUGAAACGGAAAUCAUCCCGGAAGCCAUGCGCAAUGGAAAAUUUCCAAUGCUGGAAGCCGAGGACAUUUCGGAAGCAGUGUUGUACGCCCUUGGAACCCAUCCACGAGUUCAGAUCCAAGAAUUGACCAUCAGACCAGUUGGAGAAACUUUAUAACCAUUUCUCGUAUCUAUGAAGUGAUGCAAAUUUGUUGUAUUUGAUUAAAUAAAAACGCAUUGUGUUUCCUUAAUGUGGAACAAAUGUUAAAGCCAA